AUGUGUGGCAUCUUUGUUUCUUUGAGCGCUACAGCUCCUCCCGCAAAACCUAAUGCUGACAUCAGUGAGUUGUUGCGCCGGCGCGGUCCAGACAGCGUGGAAGAUCAUGUGGUGACUAUACCGAACGAAAAUUUUACACUGUACGCGUAUUUCUUGACAACAGUUCUCUCACUUCGGGGAUCCGAUAUCGUGGCCCAGCCACUCGUCGACAGGGCUUCUGGGUCUGUUCUCUGCUGGAAUGGAGAAGCGUGGAGCAUACGUGAUGAGAUAGUGGCCGAGAGUGACACAACCAAAGUAUUCCAGUCCCUUUUAGCAGCAAGUCUGGCAAAUGCGAGAGCUCGAGCAACCACUGAUGAUCACAACGAUGCCAUAUUGGGCGUCCUGUCGUCUGUACGCGGGCCUUAUGCACUGGUAUUCUACGACGCUGCCAGUGGCCGCCUGUACUUCGGUCGAGACUGCCUUGGUCGCCGAUCUCUGCUCUAUUGUUCUGACACUGUAGGUGAGAUUACAAUAUCUAGCUUGACCGACAGUCAAUUUUCAGGCCGCUUUCAUGAAGUCGAAGCCGACGGCCUUCGUGUCAUAGAUUUAUCAAGACCGUCAAAGGAGUUUGUCAUUAACCGUAUUCCAUAUGACCACAAGUCAGACUCGCCGCAGAAACUUCCAUUCGGACCCCUCAACAAGGCUCACCCAACUGCAGAUCAAACUCUCUCUGCUCUCACGAUCGCGUCAGCCCCGGUACACGAUCUGGAGCGUGUCUUACGUCAAUCUUUGAGUUUGCGUGUGCAGAAGAUUAAGGCCGGUCCUUCUGUCGAGGCUGAUACAGGCCAGUGUAUUCUAGCGAUUUUGUUUUCAGGGGGGCUUGAUUGCUCUGUAAUUGCCAGAAUGACUCAUGAUUUACUGGAUGAAUCAGAGCCUGUCGAUCUCCUCAAUGUAGCAUUCCACAAUCCUCGGACUCAUAAACCUGCCGAGCCGGGUCAGGAACUCACCAAAACAUCAUACGAGCUGUGUCCUGACCGCCUCACUGGCCGAAAAACAUUUGCUGAACUACAGCGUGUAUGUCCGAGCCGCACCUGGCGUUUUGUGGCCAUCAAUAUCCCAUACGAAGAUACACUAUCUCAUCGCGAGCUGGUGAAGAAGCUCAUGCAGCCACAUAAUACCGAGAUGGAUCUAUCGAUCUCUUACGCUCUAUACUUUGCGUCCAGAGGUAUUGGCACCGCGUACAACUCUAACGGUUCCGUCAUACAAGACUAUUCGACCUCUGCGCGGGUACUCCUCUCGGGACUGGGCGCCGAUGAGUUAUUCGGAGGAUAUCAGCGUCACGCGACAGCGUAUUCUCGAUCAGGCUUUCCAGGGCUACUGGAUGAGCUUGAGCUGGAUGUCAAUCGCCUCGGUAAACGCAAUCUUGGCCGCGAUGAUAGAGUUAUAUCGCAUUGGGGCAAGGAAGCUAGGUUUCCCUAUCUUGACGAAGACGUAAUGAGUUGGGCUCUUUCGGCUCCAAUAUGGCAGAAGUGUGGAUUUGGUCUUCCGGAGAGCCCAUCGUCGGAAGAUCAAGCCCUGGAGCCUGGAAAAUUGGUAUUACGGCUUCUUGCAGCGAGACUAGGCAUGACCGGCGUUGCAUCUGAGAAGAAGCGGGCGGUAGGCUCUACUUGCUGUUGGAUCAAAGACAAAGCUGAUCAGGCAGAUUCAAUUCGGUGCAAGGACGGCGAAGAUGGAGAACAACAAAAGCAAAGGCACCCAUGUGCUGUCAUGAAAGCCACUCAACUCUGUAAGUGCCCAUAUGUCUCAUAG